UUUUUUUUUAUUUGGAUUAAAUUCGUCAUCUGUAUAUAAAAGGAGCCGAAUGGGUUUUGUAUGGACUGGUGGAGUUUGAGGGUGCUCUUGAUAGUUUGAAGAGAAUGGGUGUGUUGGGAUUAGCUUGUGCUUCUACUUGGUCCAUACAAAGGGUAGCUAUAUUUGUAGUAUUGGGUUUGGUUUUGAACUUGGGUGUGGUGUGUAAUGGAGGCAAAACAAGCACUUUUGUGAGGCAAAUUAACAGAAGUUUGGAUAUGCCUCUUGACAGUGAUGUGUUUAAAGUCCCUCCAGGCUAUAAUGCACCUCAACAAGUUCAUAUAACGCAAGGGGACCGUCAAGGGAAGGCUGUGAUUGUGUCAUGGGUGACUGUAGAUGAACCAGGUUCCAGUACCGUGCUUUACUGGAGCACGAAUGGGAAGCAAAAGAAGGCUGAGGGAAAAGUUAAAACCUAUAAAUUCUACGAUUACACUUCCGGUUACAUUCACCACACCACCAUCAAAAAAUUAAAGUUCAAUACCAAAUAUUACUAUGUCGUUGGAGUCGACCACUCUGAGCGGCAGUUCUGGUUUAUGACUCCUCCUGAAGUUGGGCCAGACGUCCCUUACACAUUUGGUCUCAUAGGGGAUCUGGGUCAGACCUUUGAUUCAAACAAGACGCUAACUCAUUACGAGCUAAAUCCACUGAAAGGAGAGACAAUUUUAUUUGUUGGCGACCUCUCCUAUGCGGAUGACUACCCAAAUCAUGAUAAUGUCAGAUGGGAUACAUGGGGAAGAUUCACAGAGCGAAGUGCUGCUUAUCAACCUUGGAUAUGGACUGCAGGGAAUCAUGAAAUUGAUUUUGCCCCAGAAAUUGGUGAAACCAAACCUUUUAAACCUUACACUCACCGGUAUCAUGUCCCACAUAAAGCAUCAGGGAGUACUGCCCCUGUUUGGUACUCAAUCAAGAGAGCUUCGUCCUACAUCAUCGUCUUAGCUUCAUAUUCAGCAUAUGGUAAAUACACUCCUCAGUACGUAUGGCUCGAGCAGGAGCUAUCAAAAGUUAAUAGAAGUGAGACACCAUGGUUGAUUGUCUUAAUGCAUUCCCCAUGGUAUAAUAGCUACAACUAUCACUAUAUGGAAGGAGAAAGCAUGAGAGUGAUGUUUGAGCCGUGGUUUGUACAGUACAAAGUUGACGUGGUAUUUUCUGGUCAUGUCCAUGCCUAUGAACGAUCUGAACGCAUAUCCAAUGUUGCAUAUAACAUUACAAAUGGUAAUUGCAUUCCUGUGAAAGAUCAAUCUGCACCUGUGUACAUUACCAUUGGGGAUGGAGGAAAUCUUGAAGGCUUAGCAACCUCCAUGACAGAGCCACAGCCAGCGUACUCGGCCUAUCGAGAGGCCAGUUUUGGUCAUGCCAUUUUUGACAUCAAGAACCGAAGCCAUGCUUAUUUUAGUUGGCACCGUAAUCAAGAUGGAUAUGCUGUAGAAGCUGAUUCUAUGGUGUUCUUGAAUAGAUACUUUCAUCCUCUUGAUGAUUCCACAAGUGCUUGAACAUAAUGUCAGAAAUAUACAACACAACUUUCGGCUGCUAUUGUUCUUGUAGAAUAUAUACCCAAAUGUAUAGGUUAAAAGACUUAAUAGUUGAUACUUUCCUAGUUUCCUCGAUCCGAAGGCUGAAUCAUGUAUAUCUUUCUACUUAUUUCCUUGUUGCUACAUAUACUAUCAUUUUCUUGCUCUGCUAUCACUAUAUACUCAUGUUGUUCAUCUCUAUAU